UUUCUCAGAUGGUCAUUGAAGAGGUCAAUGCCAUUCAGGAGAACCUGGAGAUCGAGAGGACAUGUAGAGAAAGUGCUGAAGCCCUAGCCUCCAAGUUGAACCGUCAGAACCGGUCUCUGAAGAGGAAAAGCAUGAUGAUGCUGCCCCACCUCAGCCCAGAGACCAUCACUGAGAUCAACCUUAAGGACGAAGAGGAGGAGGAGAGUGAAGAGAUACAUGCAGCAAGCAUGGUCUGCCCCUCUCCCCAGUGCCAGAACACCAUCUCAGAGCUACAGCAUAAGUUGGAGGUAGCACUAAAGGAGAAACACCAAGCAGUUACUGAUCUUGAUGCAGUAAGAGAACAACUGAGUGAAACCAGGGAAGAACUGCUGAAAGAGAAACACGAUAACACUGUUUUAAUCGCUGAGACAAUGGGACAAAAGAAGCUCCUGGGAAAAUAUAACAGAGUGUCUCAAUUUGCUGUGGAGGAAUAUGAGGCCUUACAGGACACUUUGAACCUGGAGAAGGACCUGAGGACAGAGGCAGAGACCUUUGCCAGAGCGAUGGUGGUCGAGCAAAGGAAGCUGAAGAGACAGAGUCAGAUCCUGAUGCAGAGCUCCUUGCCCAGUCAGGCUCUGCAGGAAGCCCUCUGCCAGGUCAGCAGACUGAGCCAGGACCUGGAGACACAGAGGCUGGAGCAGCACAACCAGAUAAAGCAGGCGGAGGAAAGGCUGAGGAGCUGUGAGGCUCAGAGGGAGCUGACAGCAUUGAGGCGUAAACUGGAGCUUGUAGAGGAGGAGAAGAGGGAGUACAGUGGAAAAUGCUCCAAGGCUGAAGUGGAGGUCAAGGAUCUGCGCUCUACAGUUGAGGAGCUCUAUAAGAAGCUGCAGGCAGCUACAAACCCACCCCCUCCCCCAGCUCCAGCACCUCCACCUCCCCCACCACCUCCUCCAGCCCCAGCUCCAACAUCUAACCCGCUCAGUUCGCUGUUGUCGUUGAUCCGGAAAAGAAGAGAUAUCAGUACUGACAUCCCACUGGUGGUCCAGGACUCAGCCAAGACACCAGAAGUGGAUAUCAGGCAUCAGGCCGUGGAGGAAAUGAUGCAUAGGAUCAAGAAAGGCGUUCAACUUCGACCUGUCAGACAGACACCCAACAGAACCAGGAGACAGAUGGAGAGGCUGCCUUCUAAUUCUGCCAUUCAGGAACUUAAAGGAAUCAUGAACAAUUUCAGUAGAACCUCCCCCCAACCAAAGGCAGUGUCUCCGUCAACAAGCGCAGAUGAGCAGCUGCAGAGCAUCCUGCUGAGACGGCGUGAUGUGCUGGAGUCCCAACACGAUGCCGGUCUCCGUCCCGUCCUCUCCCCUGAUGUGUGAAGGAGCCACCAGGCUGAGCUCGGCCCUGAGUAACCACCCGUAUAUUGAUGGAAGAUUACAUGACCCAAAAUCAAUGGCUAGCAUUUAAUUGUACUGUGUAUGCAUUUCAAAUAAUCUUUUCAGAAUUUAUAAUAUGGAUUUAGUAAUACAGUCAGAUGGGCCCUCAGUGGAUUUCCACAUGAGAAAAAAGAAAAGUCAGAUCAGUCAUCCUGGUUGUGAACCAACAAAGAGGUCACAUAGCACCUAAACUAAGAGCACAAGUGUGUGGGUGAUUUACUUUCAGUGAAAUGAAAGAUGUGUAUCCCACAACACCUUUUCAGGGUUCAUUCAGUUCUUUUUUUAAUACUGAAGGGAAAGCCUCAUUUAUUGUUUGCACUGCGAGGAACAGUAGAGCGGGUUUUGCUGUCUUGACCUUUUGCUCAAAGCAAAGUUUGUCUCUGAAUUGUUUCCGUGUUAACCUUGUUGCCUCCCAGUGAACAAUUACAGGCCACUGUGGCACACUUUGUUUCCAAUGUUCCCCUCACUCGCUCACACUUGCUUCAUCCUUGCUGCAGUGUGUUCUGUCAACAUGGACUGCAUUGGUGUUGGCAUGUAGGUAACAAUAAGGCCAGUUUGAAUAUAGAUUCAUUAGUUUUGAGGAUUUCAGAAUUCCAAGACACCAAAUGACUUCAAUGGAAAAAAUUGAAGAAAGAUGCUACACCUCUGGAAAGUUAUUACUGAAUAAAUAACUUUUCUCCUUUAUCAAUAGGUAAUCAUUAGAAUGACACUGUUCACAUUACUCAGACAUCUAUGAGUAAUUUGUCCUCACACUUAUUUGAUUGACAACACAGUGUGUUAAGUAGAACAGGGAUUUCUGGCACAACUACAAUUAUAUCCAAGGUGCUCAAAGAAGGGAAAAUACACAGAAGCUAAUAGUAUAAAGGAUAUGAU